AUGGUCCAGGUGCAAGAACUACUGGAGCGGCAACUCCCAAAUGUCAGCAUGCCCUUGCAUACUUUGGCUCCCGGGAUACGAGCGCCCAGAAGAGUGGACCCGAAUUAUGCAUCGGCCACUGCGCGGACAAGGUUUGACCUUUUGGACUUUGCAGCCCAUUUAUACCCUGGCGACCAGUCUGGUCUGGCCAUGCAGGCAAAAGCUGCCAAUGGGCCCCCAGGCACGUGCUGCCACAUUCCAGCCACUUGCAGCUUUGCCUCGUCUCGGAGUUUUAACCGAGCCAUCAUACAGAGAUCUCCAGCCAGAUCUAACGAAUGCCCGCCGGAGCUGCACGAGGCUGGAGCGCGCAGGGACUUUGCUCGCUGCGAUCAUGCGGCCUUCCUUACAGGCCGGUUGCCGUGGCUGUUCAAGGACCGAAAGCUCGGGAAGAUGACCUCAAGAGCCACGCCACAUCCACCUGCACGCGCGCGGCCCCUCAAACUUGCACAACAUGUUGCCCACGGAAGCAGUCACGGAAGUCUGCAAAGGGCAGGCCAAGUUGUUUUUGCAGGGCUGGCACAGCUUUGUGCUGUCACAGGUGAUCUUCGAAGGGCGCAGCUGUUCGAGGAAGCCCACUUCAACGAUGCCCGCCGUGCAAAAAGCUCACCGCCAUUACGUGCCCGAUCGACAUCCGAUCCCACCGCGGUCUGCGACCUUCCGUUUUUGGGGACCACGCGGCAGGGCUGGAGCUGGCUGAGCUGGAGGGCUAGAGGGCUGGAGGAUGCUUUAACGGGGGGCACAGAGUUUGGCCGCCGGCUCGGGCGGCGCAGCUUGCGCAAGGUACCUUUCUCCAUUCUGCACUUGCAGAUCAUGCGGAGGCCCCCUCUGCCUGGCCAUGGCAGCAUAGCAAAGCUUCUGCGAAAUAAAUGUUUCCAGAAAGGUGACCAAGCGAGGAUUGCACAGGGAUGUGCAGUCAGAGGCAGAGGUGAUGAUGCAAAAGUGCCGCCACCUUUAGCAAGCCGCUGGAUAGCCGCAGUGUUUGGCCACCGGCGCAGGCGCAACCCACCACUGCCAGUGCGCAAGGUGCCUUUCUCCAUUCUGCACUUGCAGAUCAUGCGGAGGCCCCUUGUGCCUGCCCAAGCUAAGUUGAAGGCUAAGCUUAAGCGCAAGGCAACACGGCUUCUGCGCAAAGGUCCUCUCGACCAAGCAGGUGGUGUUGGAGGGGUGCCUCUGUUCGCUAGAUCCCCCCUCACUUCUGCUUGCCAUGUAAACGUACCACCGGCGUUGGCCAGCCGCCAAGUCAGCCGCCGAGUGAUCCACGCUGUGCUUUGCCGUCUGCUCAAGCGCAGGUUGCCGCACCGGGGGUGCACACUGCCUUUCUCCGCGUUGCACUUGGGGAGGCUCCCCAUGCCCACCCAAGUAAAGUUUUCAAAGCUUCACCGAGCAGGUACGCACCCGAAUGUCCAGCAGGGUGACCAGGCAGGGACCCAGACAAGGAUCGCACAGACCUGUGCAUUCAGAGGUGUUGUUGGAAGGGUGCGGCUGUUCUCUGAAGGUCUCUUCAGCCUUGCCGGCUGUUUACAAGUGCCACCGGCAUUAGCCAGCCGCCGAAUCAACCGAGUAGUUCACCUUGUGCUCGGUCGCCUGAUCAGGCGCCGCUUGCCGUUGCGAGCGCAAGUCCUGCGUCUCUCUGUCUGUCAUAGGACAAGAAGUGCUGGCAUCAUCCAUCUAGACCCUUUGGAGACCAGAGGUUCCUCAGCAAGCCGAAGACCAACCUUUGACCGUGACCUGCACAGGUGGGAGAGAGGCGUUCAGUCACCGCAGUGGAGCAGCCUUGCAAAGGGAAGAGCUUUGGGAGAGUUUGUCAGGGGCUGUGACUCUUGCAGGUGGCACUUGAACUUUGUUCCCAGACCUGACGAAACCGACUCAAUUUCAGGGUCGAGACAGGGUUGGGGGCAUGUGCAUCGACAUGUGUUUCCAUGUUAUCAGCUGACCCUAGAGGAGACACUGCUGGUUCGUUGCAUCUUGCCUGCCCACCAUGUCGUGCACACAAGGAGCAAGUUGCCUGCCUCGGGGUUGCCCGAGAUGAGAUGCUCACGUCAGUUCCAUCCCGCUGGAAGCAUUCUUCCGCGCACAGGGGCCCACAAAGGAAGCGCACAGACUUGUGCAGUCAGAGGUGUUGUUGGAAGGGUGCGGCUGUUCUUGGAAGCUCCCUUCAACGUUGCCGGCCGUGUAAACACGCUACCGGCACUAGCCAGCCGCCGAAUCAGCCGAGUAGUUCACAUUGUGCUCGAUCGCCUGAUCAGGCGCCGCUUGCCGUUGCGAGCGCAAGUCCUGCGUCUCUCUGUCUGCCAUAGGACAAGAAGUGUUGGCAUCAUCCAUCUCGACCCUUUGGAGACCAGAGGUUCUUCAGCAAGCCGAAGACCAACCUUUGACUACAUGAAGGACCUGCUCGCCGCACCUUCUGCCGCACAGGACGGCAGAACCACGCUUCCACCCUCCGCACGUUGUAGCUGCCACUCGGCUGUACAGACCAAGAGCUUCUUUGCAGGUUUCUGCAAAGCGCACCGUUGCACGCCUCAUAUUGUUACCACGAACGUCUUGUUUUCCACAUUUCGGCUAGAGAUCGUCCAGGCAUCCAUGCAGCCACGUCGAAAAGAGUGA